CUUGACUCGGCUCCUUCAGCUAUUUAUAUGCCGAACCCUUACUGUCAUUGACGGCGGAUUCUCUCUCCAUCUAACACUGGUCUUCCCUGAUCCUCCUUCGAAGCCUAUCUCUUCUACAAAUUCUCCGAUUCUCUUCUCUGCAACUCUCAGGGUUUUGCUAUAAAUGGCUGAACAAAAGAAAAAACAACCAAUUUUCACCACGGUUGAGCAGCUUCGCCCUGCAGCUACUGGACUUAACCUCACUGUUAAGAUUGUUAGUUCAAAGAUGAUAAUGCAAAGAGGUCAUGCUGAAGGAACUCAAGGACGCCAAAUGCGGCUGGCUGAGUGCUUGGUAGGUGAUGAGACUGGAAUGAUCGUUUUCACUGCUAGAAAUGAACAAGUGGACUUAAUGAAAGAGGGCACCACAGUAAUCCUGCGCAAUGCCAAAAUCGACAUGUUCAAGGGAUCAAUGAGGCUUGCCGUGGACAAGUGGGGUCGUAUAGAAGUUACAGAGCCUGCCAGUUUCUCUGUGAAGGAAGAUAGCAAUCUUUCACUCAUCGAGUUUGAACUGGUGAAUGUUGUUGAAGAGUGACAUUUGAACAGCAUUUACCUCCCUUACCUGGAAAAGAGUCAUACGUUCAACAAAGGUGUCACUGGUUAUUGGCAACUUGCAUCCAACAAGCUGAUUAAUGAUAUAAAAGUGCUUGAUGUCGGAAUUGUUUUCCCAUUUCCUUUUCUUUUUGCCUUAUAAAAGUUUACUUUUUGCUGUAAUCGUGUGCUCUUUAACCACUUAACUUUAGUUUUAUUACAGUAUAAACCUCUAAUUUUAACGUUCU